AUGCGACAGGGAGCCGGCGCCUGCGGAGUGGAAGUGCGUGGCUGGGUGUGGCGCCUGCUGCCUGCUGGGAACCGAGGAGGAGAGGCCUUUUUUGAAGGACCUGCUGAGCGAAGAGCAGCUCAGGAGAUCUUCCGGACCCUGCCGGGUGAAGAUGGCUGGUGCAAGCACUUUGACUUCAACCAGCGCACCUGCAGCAUCUACGACGAGCGUCCCGACUUUUGCCGCGUAAAGACGUUCCUUUGUUCCAAGGCCGCCUUUUUCGACGUGGAUGGUAGUGACGCAGAUGCCCUUGGUGGCUUUUGCGCUGACACCUGCCGCCAAAGCAUCGCCGACGUCUACGGGCAUGACUCGGAGGAGAUGGAGCGCUUCAAUGUGGAGGUUCCAAUCUGGAGUGCAGACGAGCUUGAGGAUGGAGGUGGCGUGCCUGAGGGAUGGCACGCGCUGGACUCUGAGGAGCAGGCCGAUCGCCUUCUGGAAGCCUUCCGCAGAUAUGAUGUGGAGGAGACAGGGGAGCUGCACAUGCGGGACGUUCGAUCCUGCCUGGCAGACAUUGGGGUUCAGCCCACCCUGCCACAGGAGAAGCGUGCCAUCAUGGCGAUGCUGCAGGGGUCACAACGACGCCAGGGUGCGCUGGACUACUACGACAUUGCCCAGCUAGUUCCCAGGAUGUGGGAGGCCAUCGCACUGGCGAAGCGUCAGGACUUGGAGUACUGGUUCAACCGCUCCUUGGACGAGCCGGCGCCCGAGCUGGAUGGAUUUGAAGCGUGCAGAAGCUCGCCUGCCCAUUUCUGGUCGAUGGCGCACUACGCGGCGCUGAAGCUGCCCAGCACAGCCUCCUCUGCGGAGAUUCGGAAGGCCUACCUGGCCCUGGCGCAGCAGCUGCACCCGGACCGGGGCGGGCGCCUUGCAAGCUUCCAGGAGGUCCAAGAGGCGUACCAUGUGCUGGGAGACCCCGAGCGGCGCCGCAUCUACGAUGCAGAGCUGCGAGGCCAGCAAGAGCAACGCGAGCAACGAGAGGAACGUCAGUCCUCAAGAGGAGCAAAAAGCGCAGCGCGUGCCAGCUCCAGCUCCACGCACUCAGGUGCGCACCAGUGGGUGAAGAAGGGCCAGCGGGAGGCACUGCGAUGGUACCGCAUGCCGCUGCCCGAAUUCCUUUGGCGCGUGCAUGGCGCGUGGCAGCGGCAAAGCGGCCGUGAAGAGGCGCCGCUGGAUGUCUUCACGCAGAGCUUGCGGCAAAGAUACCGCAGCCUGGCCAGCGGGAGGCUGCUGCUCCGCACGGCCGCUCACAGCCUGGACUCAGCGGCCAACUUGCUGGCUCGGCUGCGCCGGCAUUUGGAGAGGCCCAGGGCCAGGGCCGGGGCUUGGCGCCCGGUGUCCUUCGCGGCCGCGGACGCCGCGCCGCUGCGGCGCUUGCUGCGGCAGGGCCGGCCCAGGGCGCGCCUGGAGCUGCGGCGAGCGCUGGGGGCGCUGCGGCUGCCCCCGGUUGGGGCCCUGCGGCC